AUGGCGUCCUCCUCCUCUCCCAACAUGCUCACAAAGUUUGAGUCAAAAUCUUCGAGGGCAAAGGGCAUUGCUUUCCACCCCAAGAGACCGUGGAUCUUAGUUUCGCUACACUCCUCCACCAUUCAAUUAUGGGAUUAUCGAAUGGGAACUCUGAUUGAUCGAUUCGAGGAACACGACGGACCAGUUCGGGGCAUCGACUUCCAUAAGACACAACCCCUCUUUGUUUCUGGUGGAGAUGAUUACAAGAUCAAGGUCUGGUCGUAUCAAACUCGCAGAUGUCUAUUCACCUUGAACGGCCAUCUUGAUUAUGUCCGCACUGUCUUCUUUCACCACGAGCUCCCUUGGAUCAUUUCCAGCUCGGAUGACCAAACAAUUAGAAUAUGGAAUUGGCAAAACAGAUCUCUGAUAUGCACCAUGACAGGCCAUAAUCACUAUACCAUGUGCGCUCAAUUCCAUCCGAAGGACGAUUUAGUUGUUUCUGCCUCAUUGGAUCAAUCUGUCCGUGUGUGGGAUAUUUCUGGUUUACGAAAGAAGCAUUCGGCGCCUACAUCAAUGACCUUCGAGGAUCAGAUGUCGCGGGGAAAUCAAAACCAAGCAGACAUGUUCGGAAAUACUGAUGCUGUGGUCAAAUUCGUUUUGGAGGGGCACGACCGAGGUGUAAAUUGGGUGGCUUUUCAUCCUACAUUACCUCUUAUUGUGUCCGCUGGCGAUGACAGACUCGUUAAGUUAUGGAGAAUGAGCGAGACAAAGGCGUGGGAAGUUGAUACUUGCCGAGGGCAUUUCCAAAAUGCUUCAGGCUGUUUGUUCCAUCCCCAUCAGGAUCUGAUCCUCUCCGUAGGCGAGGACAAGACUAUCCGAGUUUGGGAUCUCAACAAGCGUACAUCGGUCCAAUCGUUCAAGCGAGAGAACGAUCGAUUUUGGGUCAUUGCAGCUCAUCCGGAGAUCAAUCUGUUUGCUGCCGGCCAUGACAACGGCGUAAUGGUGUUCAAGCUUGAGCGAGAACGUCCUGCGUCAGCUUUCCACCAGAAUAACCUCUUCUUUAUUACCAAGGAGAAGCAUGUUCGCUCUUAUGAUUUCCAGAAGAAUAUCGAGAGCCCUACGCUGUUGACGCUUAAGAAGCUGGGAAGUCCUUGGGUUCCACCCCGGUCUCUAUCUUACAACCCUGCUGAGAGAGCUAUCCUUGUAACUUCGCCAGCUGAUGGUGGCUCCUACGAACUGAUCAACCUGCCUCGAGAUGGUUCUGGGUCCAUGGAUCCUACCGACACGAAGCGUGGACAAGGAAAUUCUGCCGUCUUCGUUCAGCGAAAUCGCUUUGCUGUCUUCAAUGCCUCUAAUCAGCAGAUUGACAUUAAGGACCUUGCAAACUCGACGACAAAGACCAUCAAACCACCUACUGGUACAACUGACAUCUAUUUUGGUGGACCCGGCAACCUUCUCCUAAUUACGCCCACCGCUGUUCACUUGUACGACAUCCAGCAGAAGAAGUCCGUAGCAGAACUUGCUGUCAGUGGAGUGAAGUAUGUUGUUUGGAAGAAUGAUAAUUCAUAUGUUGCUCUUUUGAGCAAGCACAAUGUCACUGUUGCGACAAAGACUCUCGAGCAAGUCAGCACUCUUCACGAGACUAUCCGGAUCAAGAGCGCAACCUGGGAUGAUGCUGGUGUUCUACUAUACUCGACGUUGAACCACAUCAAGUACACGCUCCUUAAUGGCGAUAACGGGAUCGUACGAACUCUUGAUCAGACUGUCUACCUUGUGCAUGUCAAGGCGCGCACUGUGUACUGCUUGGAUAGAAGUGCAAAGCCCAAGAUCUUGAACAUUGAUCCCACAGAGUAUAGGUUCAAGCUCGCACUUGUGAAGCGAAAUUAUGCGGAGAUGUUAUCAAUCAUCAAGAAUUCCAGUCUUGUGGGUCAAAGCAUCAUUUCAUACCUGCAAAAGAAGGGAUACCCUGAGAUCGCUCUUCAAUUCGUCCAAGACCCCCAAACUCGGUUUGAACUCGCAAUUGAGUGUGGCAAUCUUGAGGUUGCUGUUGAGAUGGCCAAGCAAUUGGACAGGCCAAAGCUCUGGUCGCGGCUUACAACAGAAGCUCUCGCCCAUGGAAACCACCAAAUUGUUGAGAUGGCAUACCAGAAGUUAAGACAGUUCGACAAAUUGUCGUUCCUUUACCUCGCCACUGGCGAUGAAGCCAAACUCAAUAGAAUGGCAAAGAUUGCUGAGCAUCGUGGCGACUUCACUGCUCGCUUUCAGAAUGCUUUAUACCUGGGUGAUGUCACUGACCGGAUUGCAAUGUUCAAGGAGAUAGACCUCUAUCCUCUUGCUUAUAUGACUGCCAAGUCGCAUGGAUUGGAGGAGGAGUGCGAAUCGAUUCUGGAGGCUACUGGACUCACAGAAGAGCAGAUUUCGCUUCCUGCUAUUGGCUCACCGCUCUCACCACCGAAACCUGCUGUGUCGACUUUCAAGGCGAACUGGCCAACCAAGGCUACCUCACAGUCAUUCUUCGAGAAGGCUCUGCUUGGUCAAGUUGAAGGAUUGUCCUUGGAGGAUGAACCUGCCGCAGCCUCAAAUGGCUUCGGCUUUGACGAAGCUGGUGAGGAUGAUGCUGCAAAGCGAGAAGGCAACCUCAUCGAUGAAGAAGAGGAUGACGAUGCUGCCGGCUGGGACAUGGGCGAAGACAUUCCAGAAGUUGAAAGUGACUUCGUCAACGUCGACAGCGCAGAAGCAGGUGCAGGCAGCAGUGAAGCAGAGCUCUGGGCUAGAAACUCGCCCAUUGCUGCAGAUCACGUGGCUGCCGGUUCUUUCGAAACUGCUAUGCAGCUUUUGAACCGACAACUUGGAGCAGUGAACUUUGCGCCUCUGAAGCCCCGUUUCCUUGAAGUUUACCAGGCUACGAAAACCUACCUCCCUGCCUCUACCGGGCUUCCACCACUAAUCAACUACGUUCGAAGAACAGUUGACCAGACUGAUCCCCGCAAGGUCCUACCCAUUAUUCCCAGAGACAUCGAGUCACUUGCCAGCGAGGAUUUGCAGAAGGGGUAUACCGCCAUGCGAACCAACAAACUUGAGGACGGCGCCACUAUCUUCAAAGGAAUUCUUCAUGCGCUCCUCGUCAAUGCUGUCUCUGCCCCUGCUGAGGUCGAGGAAGCCAAGAAGCUCAUCACUACUGCAUGCGAGUACACCAUUGCCAUGGCCAUUGAGUUGUCCAGGAGAAAGCUUGGUUCCGAUGCAGAAGUCGCCAAAUCUCCAGCUCAGCUCAAGCGAAGCUUAGAGCUCGCUGCCUACUUCACCAUUCCUAAGUUGGAGGUGCCACAUAGGCAAAUAGCUCUGACGAGUGCGAUGAAAUUGGCCUACCAGAACAAGAACCUUAACUCUGCUCUGAGCUUUGCCAAUAGAAUGAUAGCCAAUGGCGGGGCCACCAAGAUGCUGGACAACGCACGAAAGAUCAAGGCACAAUGUGAACGUAACCCCAACGAUGCCCACGAGAUUGAAUUUGAUCAAUUCGCGGAGUUCGAUAUCUGUGCUGCUUCACAAACGCCUAUCUACUCAGGUACAUCCUUCGAAACCUGCGCCUUUGACGGUAGCAAGUAUCACUCCAAAUACAAGGGCACAGUAUGCACUGUCUGUGGUGUCUGUGAAGUCGGAAAGACUGGAAGUGGAUUGAGGUUGACAGCGUGAGUUCUCAAAAUAUAGGAAGGGCACGAGAAUGGAGUUUCGGAAAACGUAGAUCGUGGUCAUAUUUGGCUACUUGCACUCAGCCGCAUGUAAGGAGUAUUGAAUGAUGAUAGCACGUAGAUGUCGUGGAAUCAAAUCAUAAGCAGUCCAUUCUUGAGUCAUUUCUGAAUUACGCCUGCGCGCCGUCUAGAAUACAAGCUUGAUGCUGACGCUGGAUUUCCUCCGAUUCUGAUG